GUUACACGAUCCGAGGCAUGGUGUUUUUCCGGUCGCCUAGAUGCACGUCCAUGUCCAUUACUAACAUCAGCAGAAAGGAGUGAACAUCAUAGUGGGACAGACGGUACCAUCCUGGUCUGGAUUGCUUGUCUCUACACCACCUUACCAUCAUGGGUGAGACGGAGAAACAGCCCGAACAACCCAAGGCUGUCCAGCAGAAGAUGGUCAUCGCUAACAAAGUGACCGGAACUGUGAAAUGGUUCAAUGUCAAGAGUGGCUACGGUUUCAUUAAUAGAAACGAUACCAAGGAAGAUGUGUUCGUCCAUCAAUCGGCCAUCGUCAAGAACAACCCGAGAAAGGCUGUACGUAGUGUAGGAGAUGGCGAGGUCGUUGAAUUCGAUGUCGUUAUCGGUGAGAAGGGUCAUGAGGCAGCCAAUGUCACUGGUCCAGCAGGUGAAGCAGUAAAAGGUUCACCUUACGCCGCGGACAAGCGUCGCGGAUAUCGUGGUAUUCACUGGGUGUAUCCGAGACGUGGUAAUGGUCGACCGCAAAAUCGUAGAUCACGUGAAGGCCAAGAGGGUUAUGAACAAGGAGAAGGAAAGAUCGGCGAUGACGCAAACGCCGAGGGAGGCGGCCAGCCACAGCAGCAACAGCGUCGUUAUAGGCUGCGUCGUCAUUAUGAUGGUUAUUAUCGUGGAGGACGGCGUUCCGGGCCCAAUUCAUCACAGCAGCAAGGAGAUGCUGGCGAAGGUGGUGAGCAAGCGGAAGGAACCGGCGGUGAAGGUGGAGCUCCGCCGCGCGGUGGUGGUCGUGGACGCGGUGGUCCAUCACGACGUUACUUCCGCCGCAAUUUCCGCGGAGGAAGAGGUGGUGGUCCGCCACGACGUCCUCGCAGUCAGGAUGGCCAGGUGACCGAUGACGAGGCUGUUGGCGAGAAUGCACAACUCGGUACUUCGCGGAGAAAUCCACAACCACGUUACAGACGACGAUUAGUACGACGACCUCGUGCGACAUCGAGCCAACAGACGAACACAGUAGAGAGCUUACCAUCUGCGGAGACAAAACGCAAAUCCUCCAAUUCCGCUUCCUCUCCCGUCACGUCUCUUCAAACACAGAUUACCGAUAUCCCUUCCAAGUCCUGCGAUAAAUCCCCCAAGUCGGAGCAGAAGUCUGAUGCACCUAAAGAUUCGGAUGCACCUGCCGCUGCCCCUGCUCCACAGGAGAGCCAGCCGGUGCAGAACACCACCACCGAAAGCACCGCCUAACCGAGACAGAAUAACGCGCUAUUACCGCAGGACACUCCUUUUUAACAUAUAACACCAACACCCGUUAUACGCUGCUACAUCGACAACAAAACAAUUGCAAAAAAAUCCAAAAAAAUAUAACAAAAAAAGAAAUCAACAAACACUACUCCACACUCUCUCCACGAAAGCAAAUUAAAAUUAAGAUAUGUAUGAAAAUUGAGAAGCAUACAGUUGUGCUUGACGAAUUCUUUUAAAGAUAACAUAGUUUCAUCCCUGAUAUCUAGGCUCGACUUAAGUUAUUUCGCUGGAAGAACUUGUUGAGAAUAGCCGUAUGCUUCUCGGGAAUUCGGACAGAAGGGUAAAGCAAUUACGGAGUACAGAGCGAUGAAUUCGAGCGCGGCAAGAGAUAGAUAUAUCUAUAUAUAUUUUUUUGUUUUUGUUUUUGUUUUUGUGUAUUUCUUGUUUCGUACAUUACUUCUAAUUUGUCUCCGGCAAGGCGCAUUAUAAAUCGUUUCAUAUACGAUAUUUGAGUUUAUUGCUACAUUUCCGCGACUUUCUUCACUUCCGGCGACUUUUCCAUCAAAAGGAGUAGUGAAAACUGAUAUGUGGAUACUGCUGAUAAAUGAAUCGAAUAUUUGCCUGUCUCGGAAUCAGUCGUUUCUUUUUGGCUUGUAUUUCAAAAAUUGAUGAGCUACCGUAUUGCUUUCACUCUUUCAGUAAGAAGAAUUGGAGUCGCCGUGGUCACAACAUUAUCCUUGAGUAUUUUAAAAUUGUACUGUUGAUUGUAAGGUGAUUGUAUUCAUUAAUAAGUGUAGAGUAAGUGCAGGACAAUUCUGAUAAUCGAGGAUGACAAUGAGGCCGUGGUUCUAAUUUUCUUAUACUUUACAGGCGAUCACAAACAGAAACAAUUAUUGUAAUAGCAUUUAUCUCGGCCAUAUUUUUACAAUUGUUAAUAUUGGCCCCUGGUGGGUCUCCGGCGGUGUAUUAUUAAUUAGUGAUUAUUGUUUUGACUUUAUGCAUUAUUGGUUACUCAUGAAAUUGGACGCGAAAACUCAUGAGAUAUCACGUCGUGAGUUUUCCUGUGCUGUGAGCGGCGCUCGAAGGUACACUGAAUUUUGAUCGCGUUCUUUUUUUGUCGACGACGACAAUGCGUAUACUUGUACAUCAUAUAAAUCGUGUUAUCGGGCCUAAAGGCACUUCGAGCUAACCACAAGCAGAGAGGACGGCUCCUCACCGUGAAACCUCAAAGAUUUUCGCGCGUGAAUAAAUCGUCCGGUCAUUUCUAAAAUUAACUUCGGUCGACCAUGCACCGGGCAAGUCGUUUUUUUUUUAUAUUAAAUCACUGACCCGCUUGCAUGCGGCAAUCGACUCGAUUUGACUUUUCGAAACAAGAGCCGGGCGUAUCACAUACAUCGGCUCGACUGACAAUACAAGUAUCGUAGACUGUCACGAGAGUACGAAAUAGAGCGCGAACAAAAAUGAGAGAGAAGGAAAGAGAGAGAGAGAGAGAGAGAGAGAGAGAGAGAGAGAAAAACAACUUUAUAUAAUUUUGCAUGAAACUAAUUUUUAAAAUUUUAGUUUGUAGUAUCGUCGACGGAUAAAUAAAAUAAAUAUAUAUGUCUACUUUCUUUAAAAAAAAAUGAAAUCUUUAAAAAAUGAAAAGAAAAAUUGAAAUAUUUAUUAUUUGGCGAAAUUUCAUUGAUUUCUGAUUUCCGUCUAUAUCCAGGCGACACAAAUAUAUCUGCAAGAUAUCAUCACAUCACGAAGAGUCCAUUAGAAAAAGACAUCCUAAUUUUUCACACGUCUUCGUGUCGUUUGGGUGUAGCGUUACCCAUGUUUAUUGUUUCCGUCGUCGUGUAAUUCUGUGCUCGUCGACCAGUGAUGCACAAAAUGUAUUCGCGAAGGAAGAACGAUUUCAGAUAACGGUGCGUGUCGCGAGACAUAAAAAUACAUAAAAAACGCAUAUUUUCGUGAGAGACGUAACGGGCGUGGAUUUUUGAUGCACGCUGUUCGCGCGUCGACAGAUAUGUAUAUUUAAAAUCGUUACUCGCGAAUACAAUUUGUCCCAACUUGCCACCACUUAACACGCGGUAGUCAUAUCCUCUGUCUGGGUAUCGGCAGGAGGAUUCCACCUAAGAUAUUACCGUAUAUAUCGUUACCGAUGAUCGUCUUUAAUUGUGUCUCACUGUUCUAUCACGUCCCGUUUGUGAAGUAGCGUUUACUACGCCACGAAACCCGAGUGUGUCGAGUCUUCGUAAAAUUGCAUAAUAAUCUUUUGUUUGUGUAAACGAAAAUCUGAGAGAUCGAGAAGUUCUGAUACCUCAAGGUACGAAACAUCCGAUUGGUCAGGAUUAGCGGUUUAAGGGAAUAAUAAAAAAAAAAGAGUAAAAAAGAAAGAGGAGAGAAAGAGAGAGUGUGUGCGUGAGUGUGGUGCCAAGUGGAGAGAGACAAACACGCGGUUACGUUACGGCGGACGCGUUUAUAUAUACAUACAUACAUACACAUAUAUAUAUAUAUAUGUAUAUAUUUGCAGUACUUUUACAACUGAAUAGUGAAAUGAAAUAAGCGAGGCAAUCGAUCGCUGAUUCGAUUCCGAAGUCGCCGUAAUUUUUCUUUUUUUUUUUUUUCCCCCAUUCGACUCCGUAAGAGAAAACCCAGCGGACACGAGAUGCUGCUAUCGAUCGAGCAUCACUCGCGUUUUCCGCUUUUCUAUUACACCGCAAUCUGCGUUCGUUGGGACAAAAGCCCGUGGCGACUCUUCGGAUCGCAUUGUUUAACGUAAUCACCCUCCGUUGUCUAACGUAACCGCGCGUUCUCACGAAAAAACACGGUAGAAAGAAAUAUAAAAAAAAAAGAAAAAAAAAGAAAUCCAAGAGAGACGGCCUCUCGAGACGGCGGAAGAGAGAGGCGCAGAA